GGGCGGGUCCGGGCGAGCGGCGUUGGCGGGGAUGGCGCGGCUCCAUUUCAGCGGGGCCCCGGUCCCGGAGUCGGUGGGCGGGCACGUGCACGGCCUCAACCAGCUCCCACACCAGCAAUUCUCCGCCCUGACGGACGUGGUCUUCCGCCUCCUCCUCGAGCCCAAAGAGGUGGAGAGGUUUUUGGGGCAGCUGUCGGAUUUGGCCCUGGCCCAUCAGCUCAGCCUGGCAUCCCUGAAGAACCUGACGAAAACCCUGCUCCUCCUGCCCCAGGGGGCUUUGAAGAAGAAUAUGACGGCAGAACAGAUCCGAGAGGACUGGAUCACGCUUGGCCUCGGUGAAGAGAAAGCCAGAUACUUUGCAGAUAAGUGGCAGCGGCUCGGCCCGACCCUCGCCCGGCUGGCGGCCGGCCAGACCCUCGCCGUCAAUCAGCUCGUCGACAUGGAGUGGAAAUUGGGAGUGACGGCCGGAAGCAGCGAACUCCAGAAGACCGGAACCAUCUUCGUCCAGUUGAAGCUUGUGGUGAAGAAAGGAAACCGCCCAGAGCCUCUGUAUAUCGAAUUAACCCUGCCACAGUUCUACAGUUUCCUGCAGGAGAUGGAGCGGGCCAGAGCCAGCCUGGAGUGUUUCAGCUGAUGGCCCCCCACCUGACCGCCCCAUCCUCAUCCCCCCUACGGCCCCCCACCCCCGCUGGGCGGUCAAAAGGUAGCCCCCGAA